GUAUGAAAUGAAUAUAGCAUCAGAAUGAAGCCAGCUGCUAAAUUUAUGUCUUGGGGGCCGAGAAACAUCUUUGGUAUUAGGCAACCAAGUCACUUGCUGGUGGCCUCUUUCGCUACUGCCGACAGGGACUGAGAAGACGUCUGAUCAUGGUCAGUACUGACUUGCUGUGGGCUAGGCCUGCCUUUCGGGUGGGUGGGUGAUCUAGGAACAAUGGGGCUGGGUGUUUUGUGAUGGGGAGACACCAUGUGAUGGUUUUGCAGUUUUAAUGAACUUUUGUAAGCUUCAUUCUGAUGGCUGUACCCUGAGAAGCAGCAUAUAAGUAUUUUGAAUACAAAAAAACACUCUCCAGCAUUUCCCCAGAAACACAAUAAACUUUGUAAUGGACCUAUCCUCACACCAAGGAUCACCCAGCCCCACUUUAACGCAUUUCUGCAGCCUCACAGACCCCCUUUGCUGUAUUAAUCAGUAGCUUCUCAUGCACUGAGGACCAUGACUGUGGUGGACUGGGACCUGGGAGACCAGGAGUUCAAAUCCCAAAGCAUCCCACUGGGAUGUUCUUGGGAAUCCCGCUGGGAAGUUAUUGGUCAAUGACCGUUAUCUUUGUGGGUGUGGGUGUGCUUUACUUUCACCCCUUUUUUUAUCCCCGCCCCCCAGUCCCACCGCAAGUUUUCAGCUCCCAGGCAUGGCCACCUGGGCUUCCUCCCUCACAAGAGGAGCCACCGUCACCGCGGGAAGGUGAAGACGUGGCCCAAAGAUGACCCCAGCAAACCGGUUCACCUGACGGCCUUUCUGGGCUACAAAGCUGGCAUGACUCACAUCCUCCGGGAACACUACAGACCGGGGCUAAGUAAGUGGAAGGAUUCAUGGGAGGAGUCAACACAAAGCUGGGGGAAAGGACUGUAGCUCAGUGGUGGGGCACAGAAAGGUCCUCAGAGGCAUCUCCAGUUGUAGGGUCGCAAAGAGGUGGCCUGGGGAAAAGCUCUCUCUGCCUGAGGCCCUGGGGAGCUGCCGCCAGCCAGAGUAAGAACAGAGAGCUAGAUGGAUCAAUGUUGGUAUAAAGCAGAUUCCUGUGUUCAAAUGCAGGCAUCAACCCCCAGCAUGACUGAACAUCUGCUGAUGGUCCUGGGGCUCAGAAGGAACCAUCACCAACUAGCCUGACCCAACUACUACCAGCAGUCACUCACUCAUCCACUCAACCCCACCAGGACAUCCAAUAUGAAUAAGAAUAAGAAUUUGGAAGCCAAAUCUGAUCUGCAGAGGUCACACACCAUAUUAAUUACUCCUAUACAACACUGUGAGGAAGGGUGUUGCAUUUGGGGUAAUUUAAUAUUGCUGGGGCUGAUGGGAGUUGUCAUUCUGCACAGUGCUUUUUUUUCAUACAAAAGUAAGUGUUUGUACUCACCAUGAAGUUUUUACAGUUAAGUGCCACACUUUUUAACAUCAAUUAAAAGAGGUGGCGGUACUGUGUACCCUUGAAUACCCCCUGGAAAAAAAGCACUGGACCUGCAGCAUCCAGUGGGCCAAAGGUUCCCAUUCCAGCUGAAUACUGAGCUAGACGGACCAGCAAUCUAACUGUGCACCAGGCCAUUUCCUGUGCUUCUAAGCCUGCUCCUUCUGCAUUCCUUCAAUUUCCAGAGGUCUCAAAGAGGGAGGAGGUGGAAGCUGUCACCAUCAUAGAGACACCACCUUUGGUGGUCGUUGGACUGGUGGGCUACAUCGAGACGCCCAGGGGGCUGAGGAAUUUCAAGACCAUCUUUGCAGAGCAUAUCAGUGAUGAAUGUAGAAGACGUUUCUACAAGAACUGGUGAGCGGUUUCCUGUGUGGCAGACAGAGGGAAUGGGCAGACAAAAUGGUCCACAGGUGCCACAUGGCAAAUGUCCAAUCAGCACAUACAUGUGGAGGAAACAUCUCUAACUGGUUGUUACAGACAGGGCUGGCCCUACCAUUGGGCAGCGUAAGGUGUGUCAUGAAAGGGCUUCCUCUUGUAAAUGACUUAGAGCAGCAUCUGCUGGCUGAUGAGCUGUGCUAAGCUGGUUUCUUGAGCCUCCUCCAAAGGUGUCAGUAGUGGUCACCCCCCCAGGAGUUUUGGACUACAAAUCCCAUCAGCCUCAGCCUCAUGUGGCUGUGCUGGCUAGGAGUAAUGGGAGUUGUAGUCCAAAACACCUACAGGGCCCCAGGUUGCAGAGAGGCUGGACUACGCAGGCAGCUCGUUUUGCAAAUUCCUUGGUAGAAAUAUGCAGUAAGAACAUAACAUAAGAACAUUAGAGGAACCUGCAGGGUCAGGCCAAUGGCCCAUUUAGUCCAGCAUCCUGUUCUCACAGUGGCCAACUGGUUGCCUGUGGGAAAGCUGCAAGCAGGAUUCGAACACAAGAGCACUCUUCCGUCCUGUGGUUUCCAACAAGUGAUAUUCAAAAGCACUGCUGCCUCCAGCUGUGGCAGACCCUCCAAGUGUCCCUAUUUUCCAGGGACGGUCCUGGAUUUACAGAAGCUGUCUUGGUUUCUGAUUUGAUCCUGGAAUGUCCCACUUUUCCUUAGGACAUCCCUGUUUUCAUUGGGGAAAUGUUUGAGGGUAUGGUAGGAUGUCCCUAUACCAAACAGGGUUGCACCAUAGAUUUGUAUAACAGCGUUAUGAAAUUGGCAGCUUUAUUUUCAGUUCAUUUCCUAAUGAUCUCUAGCGCUGAAGUUGCCUUUUUCACAGCCUAAACCCUGUGGCCGAUGGUUCACGAUGGGUCUCUCCUUUUCAGGCACAAGAGCAAGAAGAAAGCAUUUACCAAGUACUGCAAGAAAUGGCAGGAUGAGGCCGGGAAGAAGCAGCUGGAGAAGGAUUUCGCAGCCAUGAAGAAGUACUGCAAGGUCAUCCGCAUCAUUGUGCACACCCAGGUGAAGCCUUCCCAUAAUCCUCUGGGGCAGCCCUAGGGAAGAACAGUUCUUUGCAAAGCGGUGGCACUCUCUCUCUGUUGCAUUGUGUUAACGUUGAGCUUCUUUGGCUGCAGAUGAAGCUCCUGCCACUGAGGCAGAAGAAGGCUCACAUCAUGGAGAUCCAGCUGAACGGGGGCACCGUGGCAGAGAAGGUGGAUUGGGCUCAUGAGAAGCUGGAGAAGCAAGUGCCUGUCAGCACCGUCUUCUCCCAGAACGAGAUGAUUGACGUCAUUGGUGUCACUAAGGGGCAUGGGAUGAAAGGUAGGAAGGAGCAGUGGUGAGCCUUGGCAUAGAGAUGCUUUCUUUAUUACUUUACUUAUUUAUUGCAUUGAUAAAGGUAAAGGGACCCCUGACAGUUAGGUCCAGUUGUGACCAACUCUGGGGUUGCGGCGCUCAUCUCGCUUUAUUGGCCGAGGGAGGCGGCGUAUAGCUUCCAGGUCAUGUGGCCAGCAGGACUAAGCUGCUUCUGGCGAACCAGAGCAACACACAGAAAUGCCAUUUACCUUCCCGCUGGAGUGGUACCUAUUGAUCUACUUGCACUUUGACGUGCUUUCGAACUGCUAGGUUGGCAGGACCAGGGACCGAGCAACGGGAGCUCACCCCGUCACAGGGAUUCGAACUGCCGACCUUCUGAUCGGCAAGACCUAGGCUCCGUGGUUUAACCCACAGCGCCACCCGCGUCCCAUUGCAUUGAUAUCCCACCUUUUCCUCCCAGGAGCUCAAGGGGACAUACGUGGUUCUCCCCCACCCCCUUUCAAUCCACACAACAACCAUGAGAGGCAGUGAUUGACCUAAGGUCACCCAGGUCUUCGCUGGUUUUGGACUACGGCUUCCAUCAGCCCCAGCCUAAUACGGCCUUGUUGGCUGGAGCUGAUGGGAGUUGUAGUCCAAAACAUCAGGAGGGCACCAGGCUGGGGAAGGCUGGCAUAGCUUGUGGCCAGAUUGACUUGGGGCAGUUGCUAUCAUAGCCUUGAUAAGGGAGGGGAAAGGGUGGGUGGUAGGAAUCUGCACGCUUUUGAGGCCCAAAAUAUGCAAAAUGCUGCCCCAGAAGAAAAUGAUUGAUUCCAGGAGUACCCAGGAUUUUGGGAAAACAAGUUUCUAGACCUCAUUGCUGCUGAGAACAUCUAGGCCUUUUUUUCUGUUUCAUGGCUUAGAGCGCCUCCCCCCAGCCUGGUGCUGUGCAGAUAUUUUGGACUACAAGCCCCAGACAUGGUGAUGGGAGCUAAUGUAAGUUGUAGUCCAUAAAGGAAAGGGCUGUAGCUCGGUGGUAGAGCUUCUGGUCUGAAUGCAGAAGGUUCCAGGGUUCAAUCUCUGGUAUCUCCAGCUAGGACUGGAAGAAACCCCAGUCUUCUGAAACCCGAAGAGCCUUUGCUAAUCAGUGUAGACAGCUGAGAUAGAUGAACCAAAGGCUUGAUCAGUAUAAGGAAGCUUCUUAUGUUUCUAUUUCAAUCAGCCCUUUAGUCUGAUUCUGUGAGAACUAGAAUCUUGCUUUAUUUUUCAGGAAGAUAGCAUAGUUGAGGUAGGCUGAACUUUGCAUGGAUCCCUGGCACCUCUAGGGCUGUCUGAGAAAAACUCACGCAGGGAGACUUUAACAACCUCUAACAACAUGACCUUUUUCAUUUAGGUGUGACAAGUCGGUGGCAUGCUAAGAAACUCCCGAGGAAAACUCACAAAGGACUGCGUAAGGUCGCAUGCAUUGGAGCCUGGCAUCCUGCCCGGGUGGGCUACUCCAUUGCCCGGGCUGGCCAGAAAGGCUACCAUCACCGCACAGAACUUAACAAGAAGGUACAGUGCCCUUCUUCCUUCACCUUCCUUCCUUCCUGUUCUUUUGGGCUCAUUCACAAUGGACUUGAGUCUGCUGCCGGUUGGCCCCAGGCUGACGUCACCACCCCAUACCCGCCUGCUCACCCAAUCUCUUGGGAGUCUGGGAGAUGCUGAUGGCAAUAGUUCCCCAGCACCUGAACUCUUUGUUUUGUUGUUAAUUUCUUUUUUAAAAGAAACAAAGACUCAAAAAUGUAAACCAUAAAGUGUCACAGCCUAGAAGGACAAAGGUAUAGCGCAGAUCCAAGGGGUUUAUAAAGUAUUUACUCGUACAAAGGUUCUCUUUACAAGUAAUAUAGAUUUAUAAAAAUAAAAGUAUUCUCCACCUGUGAGUUCCAUCAUCAUUGAGAAUAAAGAUUCUAUGUAGCCUUAAAGGAGCCAGACAUUGGCGUAUACUGGUGUUGCCUAUUUCAAUAAGAAAUGAAAUCAUGCCGUAUAUGAAUAAAACCCGGUCAUUCAAGCUUUGCCCUUUAAAUACUUUUGGUUUGUGACAAAUCUUUUAAAGAAGGGCAAUUUGUAAAACCCUUGAAUGCCAUAAAUCCUAUUAAGAUUAAAGGUCUUCCAGGAUUUAACAAUACAGUUCCAGGCUGCUGGUACUUUUCAAAUUCCGUUGUUUCCAUGUACAGGUUCAAAAGUGCCAGGUGGAAAGAUGGAGUAAUAGUUGAUUUUGGUUUUUUAUUUAUUUGUUAAUAUUAAUUUGUUAACUACAGCAACAACAAAAGUGCAAACAUAACUGAGCCUCAUCUCUUCUUCACCUUAGGUUUACCGCAUUGGGCGCGGGGUUCACAUAGAAGAUGGCAAAGUGGUGAAGAACAAUGCCUCCACCAAUUACGACACAACUGAGAAAACAAUUACCCCGCUGGUAAAAUAGAAUCAUAGAGUUGGAAGGGACCACAAGGGUCAUCUAAUCCAAUCCCCCUGCAAUGCAGGAACCUUUUGACCAAUGUGGGACUCAAACCCUUGACUAUAACAAUGGUCCUUCCCCUUAUGUACUCGUGCCCAGAUUUGUGGUGGGCACUCUCUCCCUGGCGCUGCAGCUUCCUUCUCUACAUUAAUGCACCUUUCUGCCCCCAGGGUGGAUUUCCUAAGUAUGGAGAAGUCAACAAUGAUUUCGUGAUGGUGAAGGGUUGUGUGGUGGGCACCAAGAAGCGGGUGCUGACCCUCAGGAAGGUGAGGCCUGUAUCAGAGACAUGGACUGUGAGGGAGAUGUGACUUCCUGUGAGGGUGGGUGGGGCCCAAAGGAGACUGGUUGGAUUUGGACCCAAGCAAUGAGCAGGUGGCCAGUUCAUUUCCAUGUCCAAUUCAAGGCACUUGUGUUAGUGUUUAAAGCCCCAAAUGACUUAGCCCCCAGAUACCUGAAAGACUGCCUCCUUCCCUACAGGCACACUCUCAGGUGUUAAGGUCAGCAGAAGGGGCCCUCUUGGUAGCUGCACCACCCUCAGGCAUUUGGGGUGCUUGUAGUCCAGGAGAGAGCAAUCUCUGGAGCAGCCCCAAAGUUGUGCACCUUUGCUAGACAGCAUCUGUUGUAUGCUGAAUAUACCUCUCUUGACACAUCAAAUAUCUGUCUUUGGUAGUCACCUGUGAUGGGAUGAUGAGCUGCUUGUGCGUAAAAUCGUAUCCCCUCAGAGUUUGUUCAAGUCCACAAACCUCUGUCUGUGACGGAGCCCCUCAGACAUGGCUCCUCUAGUCACUAGCAGAUUCCGACAGUGGUUGCUUUCGGAAUCGCUUCCAACAUAAAAGCUCCUUAACGGAAACACGUCUUCUGGACUCUCUGCGUGUCAGUUUCCGGCGAGGAGUGGGUGUCCCUACAGGAGGUCCUGAAACCUCCCCACUGUUUUCGCUGGAAGUGUCUCUGAGCCAUCCCUCCAGCUCACUUUCCCUCAGCUCAGCUCCUCCCCCCCUACUGGUUCCCUCUUCAGCUGCUGAGUCUCUCCCAACCUGUGUGAGCCCUUUCACCUCCCUUCCGUCCGAUGGCAGUUCCCUGACAUCCACCUCCCCCUCCAGGGCCCCCUUCACCCCCUCUCGCCCCCUCCUCUACGGGCGGUGAGGAGGCAAAACCCGGAAUGAACUUCCUUCAUCUUCCGAUGUCUCGAACACUUCUCUCCACCUGUUGCGGUUCCUGGUCUCGAAGUACUCCUCCUCCUCAGAGUCCAUCUCCCCUUCCCCUUCCGAGUCCGGGAAGCCUUCCAACUCCUCCUCCUCAUCAGUGGUCCCAAAGUAUUCCCUCCGGAACCUCUCCACAGGCUGAGGUUUCCUUGGGAACCUUUGAUGGAACGUUUCUAUCAAUACCUCGUCAUUGAUAUCUUCGGCCAUUACCCAAGUGUUUUCUGACUCCGGUUCUCCUUCCCACGCUACCAAAUACUCCACCUGAUUCCCCUUCCACCUGGCGUCGAGGAUUUCUGCCACAUGGCUGCUGCAUUCUCUUUCUUCUAUGACCGGUCCCAGUGGCCAUCCCUUCUCGUCCCCCUUCGUACGGUGACAGUAACGACCUGUGAAAUACUGGGUGCAGUUUCAUGUGGUUGGGUAACCGGAGCCUGAAAGCCACUGGGUUGACCUGUUGAAUGACCUCAAAGGGACCCAACCUCCUGGGUCUUAAUUUCUUACAACCUCCUUUGAGCGGCAGCCCUUGGGUUGACAGCCACACCCUAUCUCCCACCCUUAUGGUUUCACCUUCCCUUCGGUUCUUGUCUGCUUGCCUCUUGUAUUCUUCCUUCGCCCUUUCUAAGUUGAGUUGGAGCUGACAAUGGAUUGCUUCCAUUUCUUCUACAAAAUGCUCGGCUGCCGGGACGCUCCAUCUCUCCCCAUCUCCCCUGGGAAAGCCCUGGGAUGACACCCAUAAUUAGCCAAGAAGGGGCUCAUCCCUGUGGACACAUUCUCGGCAUUGUUGUAGGCAAAUUCCGCCAGCGCCAACUUUUCUACCCAGUCAUUCUCUCUGUCAUUGACAUAACACCUCAGGUAUUGCUGGAGGACACCGUUUGCUCUUUCCGCCUGCCCGUUGGUUUCAGGGUGCCGGGCAGUCGAAAAAUUGACCUCCACCUGCAGUAAGCUCAUGAGCUUCCUCCAGAACCUGGAAGUAAAUUGUUUUCCUCGGUCUGAGACCACCCUCAAUGGCACCCCGUGCAACCUAAAAAUGUGUUCUACAAAUAACUUCGCUGUCUCUUCCGCCGUGACUGCAUGCGAGCAAGCUACAAAGUGGCACAUCUUUGUUAGUAGGUCCACCACCACCAUGAUGGCUGUUUUCCCUUUGGACUUCGGCAGAUCAGUCAUAAAAUCUAUCGACACUGCCUCCCAAGGUCGUUCUGGGGUUGGUAAGGGUUCUAAUAGCCCCGCCGGCGCCCGCCUUUCCCCUUUGGCUCGCUGGCAUUGCUCGCACCCUCUUACAUACUCACGUACAUCUUCCCUCACCUUGGGCCACCAAAAUUCCCUGGUGACCAACCACAUGGUUUUGUGUUGUCCAAAAUGCCCCGCCGUAGGGCUGUCGUGCAACUGCUUGAGUACCCUCACCUUAAGUCUCCUUCAGGGAUAUACAGUGCCCCUUUGUAAUACAAAGCUCCAUUUCUUUCCUCGAAACCCCCUGGUUCCUCUCGCUCACCCCUAAGACCUCUGAGCUUAUUCUGGGCGUAUUCAUCAUUCUCUGUUUCCUCUACCAGUUCUCUUUGUCCCACCAAUGCCGCCCCACACACCCAGCGGUCCUCUGGAAUGACAUGUCUCUCUUGGUGCUCCCUCCCCUCCAAAUAUUCAGGUUUGCGUGAGAGAGCGUCCGCCCUAAUGUUCUCUGGGCCUGGCACGUAACAAAUCUCAAAGUUAAAUUUGGAGAACUCCUGGGCCCAUCUCACUUGCCGUUGGUUGAGCACUCGUGCCGUCCUCCAAUACUCUAGGUUCUUGUGGUCAGUGCACACUUGCACCUUAUGUUGUGCGCCAAUUAGCAGGUGCCUCCAUCUCCGGAACGCCUCAUGAAUGGCUAGUAGUUCUCGGUCAUACACCGUGUAGUUCCUCUCGGAUUUGUUCAGCUUUCGCGAAAAAAGGCACACGGUCUCCACUCUGACUCCUCCUUCCCUGGCUGCAGAAGCACCGCCCCAAUCGCUCUGUCUGAUGCGUCAGUUUCCACUCUCAUCGGUUUUGUAAAUCCACAUGCAGGAGUUGUUGUUCCGAGGCGAAGGCCCUUUUAGUUCCUCAAAUGCUCGCUCCGCCUCCUCAGUCCAAGCGAACUUCUUCUUACUGCUGAGACAGUCCGUAAUGGGCGCCGUCAGGUGGGCAAAGUUUCGGAUGAACUUACGAUAGAAGUUCCCAAAUCCUAGGAACCUCUGCACAUCCUUCCUUGUUUUGGGUGUUUUCCAUUCCAGCACCGCCUGGACCUUGCCGGGAUCCAUGGCCAAUCCCUUGUCUGACAGGCGAUACCCCAGGAAUUCCACCUCCUUGGUAUGAAACUGACACUUCUCCAGUUUCACCCACAGCUGGUUGGCUUGCAGCCUGCUCAACACUUCUCUGACGUCUCUCACAUGCUGCUCCUCAUUCUCAGAAUACACCAACACGUCGUCUAAGAAGGCCACACAAUUCUUGUAAAGCAAAGGCCCCAGGACGUGGUUCAUAAGCGAUUGAAAGCAUGCGGAGCCUGCUUGGAGGCCGAAGGGCAUAACCAAAUAUUCAAAUGCCCCUAAAGGGGUGAACAUGGUGGUUUUCCAUUCAUCACCCUUCCUUAUUCGUAUCAGGUUGUACGCCCCCCUUAGGUCCAGCUUUGUGAAAAUCUUUCCCUUCCGCACCCUUGUCAAAAUGUCGUCAAUCCUGGGCAUAGGGAAGGCCACUGGUUCUGACACUGCAUUUAAGGCCCUGAAGUCACACACCAGCCUCGGCUUGUUCGUGUUUUUAUCCACAAAAAACACUGGGCUGCCCCCACCGCCCUGGACUCUCUGAUGAACCCUCUCUUCAGGUUCUUGUCAAUGAACUCUCUUAGCUCCUGCAUCUCUCUGUCUGACAUGGCGUACAGCUUGCCUACAGGGAGCUGUGCCCCAGGGAGUAAAUUGAUUUGACAGUCAAAGGGUCUAUGCGGGGGUAGUUGGUCAGCUUCCCUUUCGCUGAAGACGUCACGGAGAUCUGCAUAUUGUCGUGGUACCUUCACGUUCUCCGUUACUUCAGUCCCUGCUAGGGUGGCUUGGGCCCCUGCCAAACCCUUUCCCUCUUUGCAGUGUUCUAAGCAAUGUGCUGAACCAAAAGAAACCACUCUCUGAUGCCAGCCCACCAGCGGAUCAUGUAACGCUAGCCAGCUCAUCCCCAAUAUAAUGGGAGCUCCUCCCAAGGUGGCCACAUUAAAAGCUAUCAGUUCGGUGUGCCUUGCUACCUUCAUUAUCAUUGGGACGGUCUGCAAGCUGACUUCUCCUCCCAACAGCUCCCUGCCAUCGAUCGUGGUCACCUGCAGGGGUUGCUUAAAGGAUCGUCUGUAUCUGGUGUUCAGCUGCAAACUCUUUGCUCAUGAAAUUGCAGGAGCUGCCUGAGUCCAACAGCGCCUUUAUCUUUAGAGGGUGUCCGUUUGGCAGCUCUAGCGUCACUUCUAUCACUAGGGCGGGUUUAGGAGGUUCUGGCGUGGGCACUCUCACUGCUCUUUGGCCUGGCUGCUGUGCCCCGACAGUGGCAGCCAGGCGUUGGCUUUACUUGCUCCGGUAUUUCUUCCUCUCUUCCCUCCACAGCUCCUACCAUCCCUUGCCAUUCCUUCCUCUGGGGGCAGACUCUGGCAAAGUGACCUGGCUGUUGGCAGAGAUAGCAUUUCCGGGCGCCUUUUCCCUCCUUCUUUCCCCCCUCACUGGGCUUUGAAACUGCGCGCGCGCGCGCUGUUCCGAUUUCCAUCGGCUCUGCCGGCGGGAAAGUUGGCUCUGGAAUGUCUGGAAUGCGGAACUCCUUCCAACGUUCCCCUUUCCCUUCCCGCCUCUCCAAUGCUCUCGCCUCCUGGCGCGCUCCUAUGGUCAGCGCUGGUUUGGUCAGCUGGUCCAUAGACUCCGCCCUGGGCGCCCGGGAAAGUUCGUCUUUCACAGCCGAAGAAAGCCCUUCUUCAAAGAGCAUUUGAAUGGGUUCCGCCGAUAAGUCCCACCCCAAUCUGUGAACCAGCAUGGUGAACUCAGUCCAGUACUCACGGACAGAUCGGCUCCCCUGUUUGCAAGCCAUUAACUGUCUGCGCACCACUCCCUGUUCAAUAUCGCUGGAAAACAUCAGAUCCAUGGCGCGAAAGAACUUCAUCGUGUCCUUUAGGACGUCACUAUUCGCUGCCAUCAGGGGUCUAACCCAGUCUCUCGCCCCCUUUUCAAGAUGCUCAAUCACGAAAGCCACUCGUGAUUCCUCGUCAGGAAUUCAUCAAACUGCAGAUUGAGGGCAUAUUGCAUCUCUGUCCGAAAGCCAUGAUAGUCUUUGGGCUCCCCCCCAAACUUCUGCACCAAUCCUGGUACCUUUCUGGCGAGCUGGGUGGCUUUCCCCUUUUGUCUGCAUCCUGAGCCCUCCUCUCCUCAAGCCUCGCCGUCUGCAUCGCUAGCUGGACCUCCAACACCCGGUACCUUUCUUCCAGGCUUGGACCCGCUCCAGCUCCUGCUUCUCCGGUUCCGGCUGGGUUGCUCAUGAUGCCUUCUCCUGCACAAGCUGCUUUCAAAGACUGUCGGAAUGCUGUGAUGGGAUGAUGAGCUGCUUGUGCGUAAAAUCGUAUCCCCUCAGAGUUUGUUCAAGUCCACAAACCUCUGUCUGUGUGGAGCCCCUCAGACAUGGCUCCUCUAGUCACUAGCAGAUUCCGACAGUGGUUGCUUUGAAUCGCUUCCAACAUAAAAGCUCCUUAACGGAAACACGUCUUCUGGACUCUCUGCGUGUCAGUUUCCGGCGAGGAGUGGGUGUCCCUACAGGAGGUCCUGAAACCUCCCCACUGUUUUCGCUGGAAGUGUCUCUGAGCCAUCCCUCCAGCUCACUUUCCCUCAGCUCAGCUCCUCUCCCCCUACUGGUUCCCUCUUCAGCUGCUGAGUCUCUCCCAACCUGUGUGAGCCCUUUCACCUCCCUUCCGUCCGAUGGCAGUUCCCUGACAUCACCUUAUUCCAGGGGCUUUAAUUUGUUUAAAACUGUUUUGGAUAUUGUCUCUUAACUUGUCAUAACCCACCCUGGGACCUGAUGGUGAAAGGUGGGAAAUGAAUUGAAGUAAUAAUCAACAGUAGUGCUAAUAAUGGCACGAGACUGUAGGUGCUUUCUUCCCAAGGGAGAAGGGAAGUUGGGGCUACAGCUAAGCGUCCAUUCUCUGAAGGGCUUUGGGAGCUGCUGACAAUAACAUCGGCCUGCCUUACAGGAGCGUUGUGAGGGCCACAAGAAGUUAAGAAACAUGAAAUACAAUGAGCAGCCUUUAUAAACACCUUAAGGAAGGCAAGAGAUAAACGUUAAGCAAUCAUUCUUGUUCUUACGAUUUAAGACUACUGGCAUUUAUUAUUGUUAACCUUGCCCUAGCAAGGUUCCCUUUCGACAGACCAGGGACUGGCCUGUGGCAAGGGUUUUGCACUUAAAUUGCCCGCCACCAGUACAAACUUACCGUACAUUGGGUUGAGGCAGCAGUUACAAGUUACUGGUCUCUGCUGCCACAGCAGACACUGUGAUUCUCCGCGGUUUGACUUCACCCCUAGAGGUGCACUCCAUUGUCUCUCAAGACAGACAGAUGCCAACAAAUGGUGUAAGACCAACAUAUAGAGAAUAGUCAAGCAGCUGCCUCACCUCCAUGUCUUCCACCUGAGGUGGUCGUCUCACCUUGCCUAAUGGUAGGGUUGUCCCCAUGUCACUCAGCUAAGUUGUCUAUGUUCAACAAGCGAUUCCCCACAGAAAACUCUUCCCCCUCACCCUUGCACUUUCAUUUAAUGGACCCCUUUCCCUUCUUCCAGUCCCUUCUAGUCCAUACAAGCAGGAAGGCCCUGGAACCCGUGGAGCUGAAAUUCAUUGACACAACCUCCAAGUUUGGUCAUGGACACUUCCAGACGGCUCAAGAAAAGCGUGCUUUCAUGGUGAGUCUUAGCCGCGAAACAUGAUGCAGAGAAGAAAAAAACCCUUUGGGAAGGAUAUAAGACCAAAUGUGACUGGGGGAAGCAGAGCUGCCAACCAAUACUUGGGAUAAGGGUACUAAAACUUCUUCCUACCUGGGGCACAUCUAAGAAGCAUAACCCCAUUGUGCCAUUUCUUUUCUCUGUCCUGAAACUUACAGACUCAUAGAACUGUAGCGUUGGAAGGAACCCCAGCACUUGCAAUGCAAGAAUCACAGCUACCCAAGCUUCAGCUUGUUUCCAUUGGGUUCUAGUAUUAUGGGGGAGAUAUCUCUACAUCUUACAAACUUCUGUCAAGUCCUAUCUUAUUUGCCUCCCCCCAACACUUAAGAAGCCUACACUUAUUGUAGCCUUUCUGCAUAGGAAAGUUGCUCUAACACCCCUGAUAAUUUUGAUUACCCUUUCCUGUGCCUUAUCCAGCUUUGCAAUAUCCUCUUUGAGAUUUACACAUUGCCCAAGAACAGAUUUUUUUUGAUCCCAAGUAUCUUUUCCAUUUCAAUUCAGACAAACAAAAAGUGAGAAAUUUUAGGGAAAGCAUUAGGUGGAUGACCAGCCUUCCCCAAUCUGGUGCCCUCCAGAUGUUUUGGACUUCAAUUCCCUUCAGCCACAGCACUGUAUGGCUGUGCUGGAUGAGGCUGAUGGUAGUUGUAGUUCAAAGCACCUGGAAGGCCCCAGCCAGGGGAAUGUGGCCAAAUACCAGCCAAAGAUACUCCAUUAGGUAUUGUACUGCUCUCUUUUGCACCUGAAAAAUAGGAGUGAUGAGAUUUGUUAGUCCAGAACACCUGGAGAGGAGGCACUACAUUGCCUACCCCUGCUAGCCACAUUUGUUGGAAAUGAAGGGUUGUUUUGCACCAGUCAGGAAAACAGGCUGCCCUGCAACAUCUCCAAUACCUCUCACUCCUUGUGGAGACAAAACAGCAAAAAGAGCAGAAAGGUACAAAAGCCCCCUUUUGCCUCUGAUGCAAAGUAUUGCCUUUUGUCUUGCAAGCAUAGCUUUUAAGAUUCCAUGGCCAUUUCUUUCUGCUUCUGUUCCAGGGCCCACAGAAGAAGCACCUGGUGAAGGGGAAGGUGGAAACCCAGGAGGAAUUGUGAAAAGGGUUUUUCCUAAGAUGUUUCCGGACUCCAGUCCAACUUUGUCGCUGCUUUGAAUAGUUGCAAACAUGAAUACACUGAAACAAAACCGGUGAUUAGUGUUAUGUUCUCGAAAAGGUAUAUGCCCCCCACAUUUGUCUCAGAAGUCUUUCAGGGCCAUGCAUUUAUAGCAACAUCUGGACUUAGAAUCAUAGAAUCGUAUAAUUGUAGAGUUGGAAUGGUGCCAGAGGGUCAUCUAAUCUAACUCCCUGCAAUGCAGGAAUCUCAACUAAAGCAUCCAUGACAGACGACCAUCCAACCUCUGCCUUAAAACCUCUAAGGAAGAAGAGUCCACCACCUGAGGAAGUCCAUUCCACUGUUGAACAGCUUUUACCAUCAGAACGAGCAGCUCUGCCUCUUUGGGUACUUUGACAGAGACCAAAUGCAAGAGACACAAGGAAUAAGAAAAGCAAGCACACCCCCAGGAAUCGAUGCAAACCUUUAUUUCCCUUCACCUUCCCCAUCAUUUCUAGUUGCCUCUGGCUCACACGUCACCCAUGGUUUGUAAAGCCCUUUGAUUAGUUGCAACCAUUUCAUUGUCGUGAAUUUCCAAAGCUAUUGCUCUGUUAAAAUGUUUUAUUGCAUGGGAAACGGAAACAGUACCUCUAAAACCCACUUCAUGCUGCCAGGUGAGCUGUCACGACCGGCUCGGCUUCCUUUGCAUUGCUGAAUCUCCCUGAUGUGAAAUCUCCUGGGACAUGACAUGGGUUUAGAGCAUCUUCCCCCAACCUGGUUCCCUUAGGCUGUUUCAGACUGCAACUCUGAUCAGCUCCCACCAAUGCUGGCUGGGGCUGAUGGGGAUUGUAGUCCACAGUGGCUAUGCUAGCUGGAGUUGAUGGGAGCUGUAGUCCAACAUUGUGGGAGGGUAUUAGGAAGGCUGGUUUAGAGGCAGGGUUGCAAAGGUGGGCUGGGGUGCUCUAGGCAGGCAGAGGGUAUAUAUAACUAUUGAGAAAGGAGAGCCACCUCUCUUUUCAGCCUCACUUGCAGCACAGCAUGGAAAAGUUUCAGGAAUUAACACAAUAUGCUUCUCUUUCUAACAUAGGCAGUCCAUAUCUUUAGCACUCAGAUAACAGGGCUAAGCCUCCAGAAGCAACGCUUGCCUUGUUCCUCCACUCAUGGUUCCUUGGUUGCCUUUUUCGAUAGUCUCUAAUCUCACAGCAGUAAAUAGCACACCUCCAAGAAGGUCAUUGUGGAGCUUUGAAAACCUCCUCCCUACCCCCACCAAAGACUGUCAUGAAAUUGGCCACAGCCUCCAGCCCUGGAGUGUCCCAGCUGCAGAGUCCACAUGCUCAGGCAUCCUAAGGAUUAGUCUAGAUGCAAUUGUGAGUAUGUUUUUAAAUCCCUGUGGUCAGCAGCACCAGUCCCCUCUCUUUGCAAUCAGCCACCAGCCGUGGAAGGGGAUGGCGCUGUUCUGGAUCACAAUUAGGGCAUAGCCAGGGUGAGGGGAGGUUGAGCCUUUCCUGCCGAAAACCCUCUUCCGAAUUUGUGAUUUGAAUUUUAAAAAGCCACAUAAUGAAUUACGUAAAUUGUGUGGUCAGUAUGUUAUUCCACCCCAUUCACUGAGAGUGCCUUAGGAGACUCCCUAUUCCCUGCACGGAGCUGCAAUUCUCAACAGCUUUAACAAACUAAAGUUCACAGGAUUCCUUCUUUUUGGGGGGAGCCUUGACUGUUAAAGUGGUGAUACAUUCUUGCUUGGUCUCAACCUGCACUCCACACUUUCCUCAUCAAUUUGGAGGCUUGAAUUCCCUUAAACCUCCCCUCCCCUCAUCAGGAGAUGGGAGAAUUUUCACAGAGUAAAGAGUUGUGUGAUGUUCUUCACAGGUUCCUUGCAUGCCUUCCCGGGGGAAAUACAAACGCUUCUACUGUUAACUCUCUCUGUUUCCUUUCCUCUGGCUUGUGAGUAGCAAGGAGGUCAGAGAGAUGAUUCACUCAGAGGCUGGAUGUUCAGAUUUUGGGAUUUCUCUCCCCACCAUUGCAAACCUGGGUGGAAAUAGGAGGACUUCAGACUGCUUGCAGAAAGAACCCUUUCUUUCCUUGUCAUCCCCUCUUUUCUUUGGCCUCUUCAGUUUUAAUGACUGUUCUGACAUUUAAAAGAUGCUUAACAUGGCUGUUAUUUGCAAAGACGGGACCUAGGUGGAAGUGGGCUUGGAAUCUCCCCUACUUUUUUUUCCUCUUUGCAAAGCUAAUGAAAGCACUACAGAAAUUCUUCCUUGCACUGGUAGGAAUCUGGUGCUUGUAAGGGAGAAUCUUGGAGUAUCUCCUCCACACUGAGAAAUGUACCCUGUGAAAUAUCCAAAGGAUGGGUGGGGGGACCUCUUUUGCUGGAGAGAAGCCCCUGAACGACAAGCUGAAGAGAUGAGCCAGCAGAGAUGAGACCAGCAGUGUGGCUCAAGGGUGAUGAUGGGUUUGCAGGCCCUGAUAAUCCUGGAGGACCCCAUCAAGCAUCUUGAGCCAGCCAACCCACCAGUGGGCAGUUCCUCAAAAUUUUGCUGUGCCCUCUCUUGGGAAUUCCUUCUGGAGUCCUUCUGUGGGCAGCUGGGAUUCCAAACCAGAAUGCAUGAGGGGUAAGAUGAGAUCGUCCAUAUUUGGCAUCACUAAAAUUUUCUAAGGGGUUGAAGGGGUGGGAGGGAGAGAAAAGAAAUCAGGUUAGAAAUAUGCCACCAAGUUUUCUGCAAGCAAAAAUGCCUCUAGAAGGCUCGGUGCAGCCAAGUGAUCUAUAUAAUGGAGAUGAUCUGCUGAGAACUGUGCUCUCUAUGUGCCUCUCCAGCGUCUGUUUAUUGAGCAUUCAUCUUGAUAUACUUCCACAAAGCUAACACUGAGGUUUGAUCCAGACUUUACUGAGCACCCAUGCUCUCCAGUGCAUUUCUCUGUCACUUUCAAAACCACAAGAAGUAUACGUCUGUUUGCUUUUAAAGUGGUUUUGUUGCACUUUGAUCCACUUUCAAUGUGGAAGCCUAGAGCUCCAGUAUGUGCUUCAAACCCUCCUGCGAGGCGGUAGCAGUCUGGAGGCAACCUAUGGUGGAAAUGCGCUUUGCAGGAAACUCAUUGAUGUGUCUGAACAGGGCAGCUCCAUCUCCUCUCUCUAAUGGGUGCCACAGCUUAGUCCACCUCUUGAUGCCAUUACACCAAGGAUAGGCAGCCUUCAGGUUUGCAGGCUCUGCUUGGCUGUGGUUUUUUACUGGAACCCCAGGACCCACCAGCCAGGUGCACAAUAGUGGCUGGGUGGGACACUGUCUUCUCAGAAUUACCGUAUUUCGCUCUAUAAGACGCACCCGACCAUAAGACGCACCUUGUUUUUAGGGGAGAUAACAAGAAACAAGAAAGCAACGCAAAGCCUCUUGAGCGAAGAGGCAGGAGUGCUCCAGCUGUACUCAAGAGGCUUUGCGUGGCUAUCCCUGAAGCCAGGAGAGCAAGAGGGAUCAGCGUGCACCGAUCCCUCUUGCUCUCCUGGCUUCAGCAAUAGCUGCACAGCCUGCAUUCACUCCAUAAGACACACACACACGUUUCCCCUUACUUUUUAGGAGGGGAAAAGUGCAUCUUAUAGAGCGAAAAAUACAGUAAGGGACAAGGUGCCUCUGAAUGCUCAGCUCAGUAAGUUUUCAGUGCCACAACAGAGUGUGCACUCUAUGUGUAAAACCCACUUCUGGUUCUGCUACCACCACCAGCAUCUCCCCCCAGCAGGCUUUUUUCAUCACAUGGCAGAUUCAACAGGAAGACUCCAUUCAGGGUAACUGUAAAAGCCCACUGAUAAGAGAACACCUGUGUUGCAUGCAGAAGUCCCCAGGUUCAAUCCCCCACAGCACCUUCAGGUAGCGCUGGGAAUAUGCCCUGCAUAAAACACUUGAAAGUCCCUGCCAGUCAUUGUAAACAAUACUAGGCUAGAAGGACUGAUGGUCUGACUUGGGCUAAGGCUGUUUUCUAUUCCCCAAGAAAGAAGGACUGUAGCUCAGUGGUAGAGAAUCUUGUUUCCAUGCAGCAGGUCCCACUGGCAUCUUCAGGUAGGGCAGGGAGGGACUCCUUGUCUGAGACCCUGGAGAGCUGCUGCCUGUCAGUGUAGACAAUACUGAGCUAGAUGGACCACUGAUGAGACUCAGUACAAGGCAGCUUCCUGUGCUUAUAGCUGUUUUGGUAAACAGCCUUAGCCAGACCUAUCCUUCAGCAAUCUGUCUCAUCGCUUUCAGAAAAGUUGGCUAACCAGGUGGCCAUCAUGAUUCUAUGAUUCUAUAAUCUUGUGGUAACGAAUGACUUAUUAGACUCCAUUCCUUGCUUUGAGCCCAGCGGGCCUAUUUUAGGAACCUGGCUUAUUUCCGGAGACAGGUACCUGGAAUUCAUGCUGAAGCUUCUUCUCAAUCCAUUCUGUGACAUGGAUGAAGGUGACCUCUCGUUCCCCCAGCUUUGGGCGGACCUUCAGAUCCAGCUGUGGUGGAGUCCGGAAGCUGUACCUGGAGCAGGGAGGCAGAAAAGACUCAUGUAAACUCUCCCUUUCCCUCUGCAACUAUUACAAUGAGCCCAUCCUUACAUUCUUGGAUGCCCCCGCCCCACCAGUGAUUAUUUUUUUGCUAAGAGAUGAAGCACUGAAGUAGCCUGGAAUAUAUGCAGCCCAGUUCUGCAACACCAUCUUGUGGACUUCUCUGGGCUACCCGGACUGCUGUUGUUAGAGAGCCUGCUCUGCUGAGCUAGAUGGACAAGGGUUUCUCACUUGCCUUCCCUUUGCCCCAGUCUGGUCACACAGUACAGGCCCCAGCAAACCCUUUGAGGCCUGUUCCCCUCUCUGCCUUCUAGCUUCCUACCAGAUUCGGUCAGUUGGGGGCGGUGGGAUGUUCACAGCCAGUGUGCCUGUCAGCUCUUGGACCUCCACCGUCAAGAGCAAGGGGGUGUUGGAGACCUCCUCUAUCUUCUUCUUAAUAAACUCGUUCUCGGUGGCCUUCUGGAAGUACUUGGACUUGGCAAUCUUGUCCACAAAGCGUAGGAUCUUCCGGCUGGUGCUGUUUCCGCUGACGUGGCUGAGAGAAAACAAAGUCAGGGUCAGCCUUGGCCCACGAAACAUAGGCGAGUCUUGGGCAAGGGACAUAUGCCCAAGUCAUGGAACAUAGAGUAUGUGACCCCAAAGUUGCUGAAAGUGGCAAUUUGGUCAGUGUAGAUUUGAGUUUGUUUGUUUAUUUGCUUAUGACAUUAAUAUCCCGCCUUUCUUCCAAGGAGCUCAAGGUGGGGUCAGAGGCACCAGCUUGCGAGGGUGUUGGGGGGGGGGGAAUGCCGCGUGUGUGGCAUCAUGCGUGACAUUGACGUUGCGUCAUGACAUUGAUGCGCGUGACGUCAGGAUAUCGGGAGGAGCUGUGUGUGUGUGGCAGCCACACAGCUUCAAUGGCAGGUGGCUUCUCCUUCACCUCCUCCUGGUGCCACCACUGGCAGGAGGCUGCUUCAACCCUUCUCCUCCUCCAUGGCAGGAGGAGGAGAAGGAGCCAGCCAGUGGAACCUCACCACGCUCCAGGUUUUCCCUCUGCACUUCUUGGACAUUGGAGGUGCCCAGCACCUACCCCAAAAAUAUUUGAGGGGUCCAAAAGGGCUCGGCCCCAGGAGCCAGCACCCCUGGGUGGGGUUCAUAGCUCUCCCCUCCCCAUUUUCGCCCUAUAGCUGCAGGGGCUGAUGGGAGCUGUAGUCCCAAAUGGCUGUGCUUGGCUGGGGCUGAUGGGAGUUGUCGUCCAAAGCAUCUGGAGGGCAACAGGUUGUUGGGGGUUGUUCUGUGCUGUCUCUAGUUGGUCUUACCCUUCAGCCCCAGGAGGGGUACCCCUUUCUCCUGGGACCCCUGAGGGCUCCAUGUUGGGGAUGUCUUCCUCGUCCGAGGACCCAGCACUGGAGGACUCUGCAUCGCUGUCAGCCAGAAGGACUAAGCGGGGCUUCACACUGCAAGGGGAGAAAGAGAGAGAGGACCCUAAGCAACGUAAGCCAUUUGCAAGGGCCAAGGAAGGCCUGCCCUUGCGCAAUGCUGUGUGCGUCAGGGACUGCCUGCGCUAUGUAAUUCCUUUCCCCUGGGGAUUAAGAAGGUGCAUCCUGGUGACUGUGACCUACAUAAGAGGAUGAGGUCCAGAAGGGAGUUUCUCAGCAGCCGGGAGGAAACGGCUGGGGAGCUUUCAAGUCAACCAGCAUCUCUGUCUGUGGAGUAGCAUUCCCGCCUAGCAAAACACCCUCGGCCACUGAGUCUCAGCAAGGGAACACCUGGCUUUCUUCCUACCAUCCUCCUAGGUUCAUUUUCUCAGGUUCAUUGUGCUUGUGCUUUCUGCAUUAGCUGCUGGAGAGAGAAAUGGGUGCGGAAAUUGCUUGUAUCGCCUGGUUUGUCCCAUGUUAUAAAAUUACAAUCAUGAGGUACGUCACACCCAAAUUCAACUGCCUGUGGCAGCUGCCUCACUCGAUCUAAUGAAAGCACCAGUCCUGCCUAAUGAUUUCCAGCUCCUGUUCUUAUUCUUAGCACCUUGAAACUGAGCUCCUUUUACUAACCAGAGAAGGAAAAGGUGCAUUUGGUGCAAAAAUGUAUUAUUUUAUACAACAUUUGCCAAACCACAAAAAGGUAAAAAUAAAAUAAAAGCCUGUAGGUGUCAAUGCCAUUUGGAAAUAUCUCUCAAUCCCCCACCUCUCUUUCUUCCAGCUAUUUACUCACCAAAAGUUACUAAUGCCAAAUACAUACCAGAGAACCUAAGCAAACAGUCCUCACCACCCUGUAAAAUCAGAUCUCCAUUUUGAUUAAACGAUGGACUCUUUCCUAGAACCAAUAAUUCUCCAGCUGUCCUGCCUCCUGUUGUGGCAGAUGAGGACAGAUGGUUGAUGAUCCCAUCAAACAGAUGGUUCAGCACAAUCUCUCAGAGAGAGCACAAGUUGCUUCUCAUUCCUGCCGUCCCCUGGCCUGCUUUUAUCUGGUUGAAAUGUAACCUUCGCUUGGCUCGCCAGGCCUGUAAAUAGAUCCUUUGCCCCCAUUAGUGGAGUCGUCUAAUCCGAACUUUUCCUAAGAGGCUAUUACAGCAUAUCAUGAUUUUCCAGGCUCUUGUAAUUAAAGGCCAGAUUUGUUGAGAAUGGGGAGCUAACACUCUUCGGACUGGUGCUGGGCUGGUGGGCUGGCCUUACCCUUCCCUGCCGUCCUCUGCCUUUCCACUCUCCUCUCCCAGGGCUUCUUUGCCUAGUUUGUACAAGUUCAUCUUCGUUUCCAGGGUCAUCUGCAGGGAUCCACUGUAAGUCACUUCCAUGUCCACCCAAAGCCCUGCAGAGUGGAGAAGAGGACAGAGGUGGUCACUGCCAAAUGGAGAUCUGCAUGGCUGUUGAGAAGGGAUGAGUCCUUCUGUCAAUGUGGGUUUCUCUCAGUUUCUCAUUCCCCCCUCCCCCAAUCGUAAGCAUUGUUUGGAGAACUUCAUUAUUUCAUAUACAGUGGCUAUAUAUUUCAUACACACAUAUACUCAUAUACAUGCAUAGUUGCUUACAUAUUUAAAUUCACUGUCAUCUGGGUUCCUGAUUAUUUAUUUAAUCUUUUUAUUCCAUAACAUUUAUACGUUGCUUGACUGUAAAGGAAAACCCUCAAAGCGGUUUGCAAAGAGAAUAAAACAAUAAAAUCAUCAGUUAGAAAAGAAGUAAAAACAACUCUUUAAAGCAAUAUAAAAUUGGCAAUCACCUAAAACCAGAUUAAAGCAUACAUCAAUAUUCUUUAUAUCUGGGUAGGCUUGUGUAAACAAAGCAAGGUUUUAGAUGAUGCCAAAAAGAGCACUGCGACGACACUUGCCUGAUGUCAAUAGACAGAGAAUUUCAGAAUGUAGAUGCCGCCACACUAAGAUUGAUUUCUCACAAAUUUGAAACAGGUAUUAUGUUCCUGUGACUUUGUCUUUUUGUCAUUCAUAUUUGGGGAAACACUCCUUUGAGGGGAAACAUAUACAGCCCCACCACUAGGGGGAGGCAGUGCAAAUCUGUUCCCCCCCUGCAUGCUGCUACAGCUCACCUCGGUGAUCGAUGGUCGGGCUUGACGUGCUGAGGAUUUGUGGGAUGGAAGUCCCCAUGUCCAGUUCAGUGAGUGUGAGCUCGUUCAUGAAGUACGGCAACUGAGUUAGACCAAAAGAGAGGAAGGAGAAACAACAACAAUCUGGCAGGAAUGGAAGUCAAAGAAAGGCAGAAACAAAAAACUACUUUCCAGUGAAACGCCAGUAUAUGGGGCAAACCCCAUCUUGAAAACUUGGAGAGCUGCUGCCAGUCAGUGUAGGCAAUACUGAGCUAGAUGGGUCUCAUUCAGUAUGAGAAAGAGUCCUAGGUUCCUAAAGGGAAGGUCUACAGCUCAGUGGUAAAGCAUCUGCUUUCGACACAGAAACAGAGGCGAAGAGAAAAUGGGCCAAUUUCCUUACCUUGAUUCUGCCUAGUUUCUUCUGAAUCUUGUUUGAAACUAGGUCUGCCCAAAAUUUUUCCCGUAGGAAGUCCCAAAACAUUCUCCCAAGCAACGCAUUGGCCCAAGCCGUGUUUGUGUCACUCGUGACAUUCGUAUCCCCAAAGAACUGAAAAGAAGGAAAAAGGGAGUCGCAGUACUGCAAUGUUUCUUAAAUUCUGUAUAGGAUCAUCCAAGAGCAAGACAUUCUAAACACCUGUAAGUGCUAUAACAUGUGUUAUUGCUCUAAAACAUUUCUGACAAUAGAUUGAGAUUGGGCAGGUGCCUUCACUGUAUUGUUUUAGACGCCUGCUGAAAACAUUUACCGUAUUUUUUGCACCAUAACACUCACUUUUUUCCUCCUAGAAAGUAUGGGGAAAUGUCUGUGCGUGUUAUGGAGGGAAUGCCUAGAGGUGGCAUGCCUAUGGAUUUUCCUUCUCUAAAAACUACGUGCGUGUUAUGGUCGGGUGCGUGUUAUAGAGCGAAAAAUAUGGUAUGUUUCUGUAAGCCCACCUAGCCAUAUAAUUCAGCUACCUAUAUUUGUUUCAAAAGUCUUACCAAAUUAUCUGUGUGUUAAUAGCAAUGGUUUCAUGCAUAUUUGCUUUUCAAUUAAUUUGUGGAUUUUGGCUAUGUUUUGAGCUCUUUGAUCACGUGGUUUAUAGAACUUCUAAAUAAAUAAGUAAAUGAUGUUGUUUAUCCUCUUUGGCCUCCUCCAAAAGCUGAACAGAGUGUGUCUCCAAAACAUUCUCCCUCCUCUGUUAAUUUUGUUGAGUGUUCACUAGAGAGUCACUGAAGGUUUGCCAAAGAUCUGCCGCAUAUUUGUAAUCUGCAUUUGGCAUCAAAUUCUGCUUGAUUUAACAAAAGCCAUUGUAUGCGCUAAGGCUUACCUUUGAUUUAGGGCAGGCUUCCUCAAACUCAGCCCUCCAGAUAUUUUUGGCCUGCAACUCCCAUGAUCCCUAGCUAGCAGGACCAGUGGUCAGGGAUGAUGGGAACUGUAGUCUCAAAACAUCUGGAGGGCCAAGUUUGAGGAAGCCUGAUUUAGGGUGAGGACUUAAGGGCCUAACUAGACAGUAUACAUAAAUGUGCAAUGACCUCCUUUUAUUUCUUUUUAAACAAUGCAAGCAGUUUGGGGGACAAGUGACUAACAGGAGGGAGUGUUUAACCCCUUUGCCUUCCUCCCCCCUGAGGGAUGAUAUUGAAAGCAUUUCCCUCUUUCUGGAUUACCUGGUAAUCUCAGUGGUUUUCUCACCUUUUUGGGUGUUGGGCUGCCUGCCGUACUGUGGGAGGGGCUCUCGGGUGGGCUGGAACAUGUCCCUGUUGGGACUAUUCGGGACAUGUACAUGUUGUAAUCCAAAAGGAGCUUCUCCCGGACAUUAACAACCAGGUCCUUGGGCUUGAUGAGAGAAAGGAGGUCAUCAGUGCUGCCUCUGCUGCUGCCACUGCUGCAUGUCCCCUUUCCUGAUGGGCUGAGCUGGUUUAAACCUGGCCAAGAGAAAGAAGGGGAGAUUAGAGCCUUGCUGCCUUCGGUUAAAGCAGGAAACAUGAUUUUAGCCUCAGGUUUCUGAAAAUCUUUAUCUUCUGUUUCUUGGCAAAUGUCUUGUUCUUAUGAAUUAGAAGGUAGUCUUAUGAGCGUGUGGGUGAUAUCUGAUCAAUUUCCAAUGCCAAAGGGGACACUGAAGCAUUUCCAUUGCUCAUACUCUCCUUCCUCUCCCGGCUUUAGCGCUUGCACUACAGUUUGCUCCUUCCCAUGGCUAGCAAAAGCAGAAGGAAGUGAUGCAAAAAUUGAGGAUUUGGGGACUAGGGUGUAAUGUGUCCUGCCUCAGGAACCCAGUGCUGGCUGGAGGAGGAUGCACCAGUCACCCCACCUGAGGAAUAGCCCUUCUACACUGCACCAGCCUGAGGACAUGACUCUCCCACAAUGUCUGAAAAUGAUUUCCUAGCAGCCUCUCCUGCUCCACCACCUUGCAGGAACCGUUGACUAUUCCACAGGCCCUUUAAAUGCCACAAUCAGCCUUUCCAGAGGGGUGGAGUCACUGGAGGGUCAAGCCCAGCAAGCCCUUCUCAGAUAACUCUAAGCCAGGCACCCCCAAACUCCGCCCUCCAGAUGUUUUGGGACUACAACUCCCAUCAUCCCUAGCCAACAGGACCAGUGGUCAGGGAAGAUGGGAACUGUAGCCCCAAAACAUCUGGAGGGCCGAGUUUGGGGAUGCCUGCUCUAAGCUUUCGCUGAGGCAACAUCUUCCCAGGCGCAGCUAGCAGGACUCACUGGUUUUGUGAACAGCAUCUCAGGAGUAUCCCCCCUAAAACACCCAAGUUAAAAUGAGAGAAAAGAAAAGCUUGUGCCAAGAACAUUUUUGUGUGUGAUUGGAGCAGACCCUCCAAGUGUCUCUAUUUCCCAGGGACAGUCCCAGGUUUACAGAAGCUGUCCCAGUUUCUGAUUUGAUCUCAGAAUGCCCCACUUUUCCUCAGGACAUCCUUAUUUUCAUCAGAGAAAUGUUGGAGGGUAUGUUGGAGCUCACUUGUGACGGCGUUACGCUGCUCACAGCUUUCUGCCCGGGAGGCCCUUGCAAGAUGCUGGAACCAUUCCUCCUUGUCUCUCCCUGUCCUGCCAAAGAGGUAGAGAGUCCUUUCCUGGGGCUCAGCUGGAUGCGUUGGAGGGGUCUCUUGGACUGGAGACAGCCUUCUCUUCAUAGCCUUCUCUCUUGAGUGCUCCAAGUCAUGCUCACCAGAGCCUUUGCUACUUGAGUCGUCUUGCUCUGGGAGGAGAAUGCAGAUGGGGUAUUUCUUGUUCCACAUCCUCUUGCGAGCCAGCCCAGGUGGGAAGAGGAAGACCUAGAGCACCAAGGGAAGGUGUAAACUCCCAGGGGACUGCAAAUCAUACUAGCAAUUGUUCAGUAUAUGCUGCAGUAGUACCAAGCUGCAAAGAUAUCGCUUCAGGCAGAGGUAGCCAAUACAGUGCCCUCCGAAUGUUCUGGACUAAAAUUCCCAUCAGCCCCAGCCAACACAACCUAUGUUCAUGAGUGGGGGGAGCUGUGUAGGAUUUGGAAGGCAUGACACUGGCUCCCAAUGUCCUAGGCUACGGGAUCAACUGUUUUUAUAUUCCUGCAUUGCAGACAGUUGAACUAGAUGACCCUUUGGGACUCUUCCAACUCUACAAUUUGAUGACUAUGACUUUAUUCAUAAUAUUAUUUCAUGGAGAACUUUUGAAACAACAAUGGAACACUAGCUCCGCUCAAGGCAUUAUGAAAAACAGCAACGACUGACAAAAGAUAGACAUAAUAUACUACAAGGACAGGAAGAAACAUCAUGGACAGAAUAACUGCCACACACAAGAACAAAGAGAGAGUUUGAAUGCUUCGCCUGUAGGACUAUAAAUCAUUUAAUGUGUUAAUGCGAAUGGAAGUCAUUAAAACUGCAGUUACGGUAUAAGGGUUUGUUAUUCUGACUGGAGUGUAAUGGAAAUUUAUAAGAUUUUGGACUGCAGGAAUAUAGUAAAUCAUCAAACCAUCAUUCUAGCAUGCAGGGGGGGGCACCUAAAUUGUAUAAUUUGGCUUUUGAAUGACUGGCAUUAUUAAUGGGAUUAUUGUUAUAAUGAGGCUUUUCUUGGAUUAUUGUAACUGAAAACUAAUAAAAAAAAUUUUUUAUU